CCCGCCUCCACUCUCCCCACCACACGGCCACAACUCCACUCUCCUCCUCCCUCUCUCUCACCCACCCAUGGCGACGGCUAUGAUGGCUGCAGCCACCACCUCCUGCUCCCCGCGCCGGGCGCUUCUCAAGCCCGUGGCCUCCUCCAGCUCCGCGCCGCCGCCGAGGCCGCGGUCCCUCCUCAAGCAGCUCCCGGGCCUCGUCGCGACCGCGGCGGCGGCCGCCGCGGCCUCGCCGCUCCCGGCGCUGGCUGCCCAGAUAGAGAAGGCGAAGCUGUUCGACUUCGACCUGACGCUCCCGGCCAUCACGAUCGAGUUCCUGCUGCUGAUGGUGGCGCUGGACAAGCUCUACUUCUCGCCGCUGGGCAACUUCAUGGACGAGCGGGACGCCAAGAUCCGGGCCGAGCUGGGCGGCGUCAAGGACGCCUCCGAGGAGGUGCGGCAGCUGGAGGAGCAGGCCCAGGCCAUCCUCAAGGCCGCCCGCGCGGAGAUCGCCGCCGCGCUCAACAAGAUGAAGAAGGAGACCACCAAGGAGCUGGAGGCGAAGCUGGACGAGGGCCGCCAGCGCGUGGAGGCCGAGCUCGUGGAGGCGCUCUCCACCCUCGAGGCGCAGAAGGAGGAGGCCGUCAAGGCGCUCGACGCCCAGAUCGCGUCCCUCAGCGAAGAGAUCGUCAAGAAGGUGCUCCCAUCCGCGUGAAAACACAACAGAUCACAGCAGCACGCACCUGCCGGCGCGAUCCUUCAGUAAACAUUUCUAUCUAGUUCUUCGUGUGUAACGUAUACGCGGCUGGGUUAGUGGCCCGGCUCCCCUUAAGAAUGUAAUUUUGUGAUCAAGUAUAAAUGAAUGAUCCUUUUGUA